AUGCAGGAAGCUGCGAGCAAAGCCGACUGGAGGGGGCGGGAGCUACGCACUUUUGAGACGCUCCCUAGGGUGGGUGCGGGUCCCCCGGCGGCGCGGGCGUCCGCGCUGUGGGCGAAGCCCCCGAGCCUCCGACCCCGUCCUCGCCGCCCGUUUAGCGGACGGGGGCGCCGGGCGCAGGGGCGGGGCUGGGUCCCGCCGAGGCCGCUCAACUUUCGCCGGACGCCUGGGGCUGGGCGGGAGCGGGGGACGCCGACCCAGGGGAAGAGGGCGUUCGGGAGACAAAGGCUCCGCUCCCGGGCGGGGGGCGCGUGGGUCGGCGCCUCUGGGGUCUUUGUGCGGACACGUGCACCUCACGUUUGUGGGUCUUUGUGGAUUUGCGGUCGGGGACGCGCCGCUGCCGGUGCCUUUGUGUGUCCGCGGCUUUGCGUGGCUGCUCCGCACCCGUAUCCACGUUUGCGGGCCUGCGUUUGGCGGAGGGUGUCAGUGGGCGCAUCCCGUGUGUCCGCGUACGUGGUCGGUGCCUGCCGACGUGUCUGGGCUGGGUGUCCGCGGAGGGUGUGCGCGCCGAGAGGCCGACGCCGCCCCACCUCCCCGCUCCCCCGCUGUCCGCCCGGGCCCCUGACUUGGCUCCAAACUUUUCUCCCGGUUCCUCGGGCAACAGCCCCCGUCCUCCCCACCGCAGCUCGGCCGGGGGCGCAGGCAGGCCGCCCCUCUCCCUCCCUCUCCCCCUCCCCCUCCCCCUCCUGAGGUCCCACGACCGCGAGGGGCUGCAAUGGGAUUGGUGAUCCAGGGAUUGGCAGCGCCUUGGGACUGGCCGGGCCGGGCCGGGCCGGGGCUGGGCGGAGAGUGCGGACUCCCCGGCAGACCCCCGCGGGAAGGCGGAGGUGAGCGGUCGGUCCCGGGCUCGGGCUCGGGGUUGAAAAGAGGAAGGGACUGGGCGGCUGGCGUUGCCCUCCCUGGCUUCUUGGAAAGAGUGUGACCCAGGGAGAUAUGUCUGUUGGGGAGACCCGCCCCGCUUUGAGACCCGCUCUCCGUUUGCAGCCCAACCCCAGAGUAGGGGGACCAGACCUCUGACGCGGUAGGCGAGAGGGCGACCGCCAGUCCAGAUCCGGGCAUGCCCGCGGCUGGGGGCAGUGGGAGCCUUGCACACUUAGGUUUCAACUGGGACGGCCACUGGCCCACUGCACUGCGCUGGCAAGUUGCUCAGCUUCGCAGAGGCGCGGUCACUCUGGUACGGACAGGGCCAGAACUCCCUCGCGGCUCGGGGUGUGCGAUGGGAAUAACCAGCGCUUCUGGAGCCGGGCGGAGAGCGGCACCCUUCGAGGAGGUGACUCAGGUCCGUCGAUCCUUUUUUCAUCCUUGCGCGCUCUACCCUUCGGGUAAGUCUAGACUUGCAGCGCCGGACUGACGGGAGAGGAGGGACGGACUGACGGGAGAGGAGGGACGGAGAGCGUCAGGAGCCUACGGAACUUUUGAGCCUAAGUCGCAGAGAUAACCCUAAACACCCUCUUCCCCACCGCUCACUCCAGUCUUUAACCAAGAACUUUGUAGGAUGCUGCAGACAUGAUGGGAGGACACAGGCCGCUAACCCGGGAAAGCGAAAGCCGCGGGCAUUUUCCUUUUCCUCUCUGGUCUCAGUUUCCCUUCUGGUAGAGGAGGUAUUAAUAGCCUCUCCUGUUCUGCUGACUGCUUCAGAUCCCAGAACCUAGAAACACUUUGAUGUUUAACCGACACCCCCAUUCUGACCUGACCUAUUCCGAGGCACUACUUUGCUUCCCAGGAAGGCUGCAAGGGCCAUCGGCCACCAGCCUUCCACCUACCCUUCCUCCAACAUCAGGUUGAAAGACAAAAACGAAUAAAUGAGUCAAAAAUGGAGUGAAGGGCGGGGGGUUGACCUUUUCUCCUCUUACCUUUUAAAUCACAGUUUGUAGGUGGUAGAGUCCAGAUUGGAUUUCUUCUUAAUCAUAACUCCUGGGUCAACACAGGGGAUGCACUUAAGAGUUCUUGCAUCCUUUCGAAGAGCAAAGCUGGCGUGGGCACUAAGGAUAAUUCCUAAAGAGGGCUGGGUCCUCCCUGAAAGUCCACUGGCGGAAACAAGUCCUAAGAGGUUCUGUGGGAAUAACCCCGGAGGGAGGGGCCUGACCGGAGGUUACUCCUGCUCACGGUUUUGAAGUUAGUGGUACACAGGGGAGGCAGGAAGUGUCUCCCACAAGAGGAGCAGCAUGUGCAGGACCUAUGCGUGAAAACAGCACAGGUGGUCAGCAUGGUAGACUGUCAGAUGCAAGGUCUCGAGGGUGGUGAAUUGGAAUUGAACUUGAGGCUGGAAAGGAAGGCAGAGGCCAAAUCACCAAGGCCUUGAAUGCCAGGCUGAGAAGCUAUAUUUGAGCCUGUAGGCAAUGGAGAGCUCCUGGAGGGUUUAAACCGGCCCAGCAGGAUGGGGUUGGUGAUUUAUGAAACCCUUCUCUGGCUUGUGGGUGGUGCCGGAGGCUGGGAGACCAAUCUGGAUUUUACUCUCACUCCGUUCCUUCCUACCUCUGUGGCCUGGGACAAGUAACUUACUUAACAUGUGAGGAUACUAACUCCUGCUUCACUGAUCUGGUGCAUUAAAUAAGAUAAUGAAUUACAUGUGCAAAUAAAUGAAAAGUGGUUUGUAGUGUGUA